AUGUCAGCGUACUACUCCAUUACAAACUUGUCCUCCCUGCCAGGUGGUAUUGUUGGACUCGCCGGGCUUGACGCUCCACAACCUCCACCACAUGGCACGACCAAAUGCAAUGUCAAUGCCAAUUGGAGAAACACCAGUUUGCUUGGUGGCGGGGCGUGGAUAGCAAAAGAUGCGAAUGGCCAGAGUCUCAAUGAUCUUCAUAUUCAUGAUGUGAGUAUUGGGACAGAUUGCCGAGUGGUGUUUGAAGCUUUGUCAAAACUUUUUGCUUGGCCUAGAAGUGUCUUUCGCCGACCUUCUUCUACUCCGGUGCACAUUAGCUUCAACCCUAAUAACCCUUCUUCUGCUAAUUUCUCAUCUUCCUCUAGAAAGCUCGCAGCUUCUCUCUGGGAGUUUUAUCAGUAUUACGAAGAAGACCACCACCACUACGAGAUUCCGAUUCCUUCUGCUGCUGAAAUGCACCGAGCUCCUUAUCUUUCUGCUGGUCCGAGUAACCGUCGUCUCCGUCACGGCCAUGGAAAGGCCGCCAUUAGAGACGUUGAUCUUGAUCUCACUGAUGACCAGCCAGAAAGUGCGGGGAGUAUGAGGAGACAGAUCGGUCAAAUGCUGAUGAAACAUCAUCAAUUAAUCAACAGAAAUGACCAUGCUUUACAGCCCGUAUCUCCUACUAGCUACGAUAGCUCCCUUGAGGUGGCUCCAUAUAAUGCAGCAGUGACUCCAGGAAGUUUGUUGGAGUUCCGUGGAAGAAGACGAGCUGGUGAGCCUAACUACAAUCUCAGGACAUCAACAGAACUUCUUAAAGUACUGAACCGAAUCUGGAGCCUCGAGGAGCAGCAUUCCGCUAAUAUCUCUUUAAUAAAAGCUCUAAAAACCGAGCUUGCUCAUUCACGUGCUCGGAUCAAAGAGCUUCUCAGAUGCCAACAAGCGGAUAGACGCGAGAUGGAUGAUUUAGUGAAGCAACUCGCGGAAGAAAAGCUGUCAAAGGAAACGAAGGAACAUGAUCGGUUAAACUCUGCGGUUCGAUCUCUAGAAGACGAGCGGAAACUGAGGAAACGUUCUGAGAGUUUGCAUAGGAAAUUGGCACGUGAGCUAUCUGAAGUGAAGUCUACAUUGUCUAACUGCGUUAAGGAGAUCGAGAGAGGAACAAAGUCAAAGAAGAUUCUAGAGAGAUUAUGUGACGAGUUUGCGAAAGGGAUUAAGAGUUACAAAAGGGAGAUUCAUGGUUUAAAGCAGAAGUUGGAUAAGAAUUGGGAAGGUUGGGACGAAAAAGAUCAGAUGGUUCUUUGUAUUGCGGAAUCAUGGCUUGACGAAAGGAUUCAGAGCGGCGACGGAUCAGUGUUGGAGAAGCUCGAGUUUGAGAUAGAAGCGUUUCUUAAGAGUAAGCAGAACGCGGAUUCUAAUGAAAUGCCGAAGAAUCGCCGGAGUUCACUUGAGUCGGUUCCAUUUAACGCCUUGAGCGCGCCUAUUUGGGAAGUAGACCGUGAGGAGGAGGAAGAUUCUGGCGGAAGCGAGUCAAAUUGUUUUGAGCUCAAGAAACAUGGGAGUGAUGUUGCAAAGCCACCACUACGCGAUGAAACGGGGAAACCAGAAUUACCAAAAGUAGAUAUUAGUAUGUCUGGUGAAAAACAGAGAAGACGGAGUCAAAGCCCGUCGAGUUUACAAGUGAAGUUCGAGGAUCAAAUGGCGUGGGCGAUGUCUUGUAAUGAGAAAAAGCAAUCAAGAGCCAUUGAAACUGAACCAGACAUUGAUAAGUCUGCUAAAGAAACGAACAAUGUGGUUGGAGAAAUGAUCAGAACUCAUCGGAGGUUAUUGUCGGAAACUCGGGGAAUCGAUGAAGCUUCUUGCAGUUACCCAUCUAGGAGACGAGAGAGCCCGAUACGUCAAUGGAAUCCAAGAACCAUUACACCUGAUUUCAAUGCGUCUGAGAUUUCAUCAGCACAAGGAUUAAAGGAGAACACUUUGAAAGCUAAACUAAGCGAAGCGAGGACCAAAAGUUCCCGACCGCGGAAUCGGCUAUUCAAGGGCUAA